CUGUUAUGCUGUUGUGUGUAGCUUAGCACGUUUAGUUGGUAACAAAGUGUGAUUUAACGAAGCUUUUACAUCAAUGAAACCGUUGGACUCGGAUGAAGAGGAUUCGGAGCAGCUGGAGGCGAAACAGAGGGAGCUGCGGCGUAAGUUAGCAUUUAGCCGGCUGCGUUUGCUAAUGAGCACUUCAAGAUACCGGCGUUAAAUGGAGCGAGCCAACCAGAGCCUCCAGCAGCUGAGCGGUGCUCUGGAGCAGCUGAAUCCUGAUGGAAAGGAGGUGGAAGGGGUCAGAGGAGGUGAUGGCAACCUCUUCACCACUCUGUCCGAAGAGGACAAAGCUGCAUGGAGCCACAAGACGCACAGUGAAGCAGUUAAUCAACUGAAGAGUCUUCUACUGAAGCAGUGCCGAGAAAUCCCCCCUCCUCUCUCUCCCGCAGAGAAACGGUCUCCAUCCAAGAGAGUGCAGCAAGAGAGCAGGUCCAGUUUACCUGCCUUUCAGGAUUUGGUCCCAAUGAUUCACAACCAGUCGGAGUACAUCCAACACCUGGAAGCAGAGGUCAAAUUCUGCAAGGAAGAGCUGCAGGGGAUGAAACAGCGGAUCAGAGUGGUGGUGGUGGAAAAUGAGAAGCUGCAUUCAGAGCUCAAAUCCAAAGCUGUGGAUGAAUCUUUAAGAGAUUACACGAUCCGAAACUCCAUGGUGAAUGAGAGUAUGGUCCACAGCCACAUAGCCUCCAAUACAGACCACAGUGUGCUGCAGAGAGCAGAACACAACACUUGGAAAAAUGAGCUGGAACAAUUGAAAGUGAUCUACCAGACCCAGAUUGAAAGCUUGGAGGCUGAGGUCGUCUCUCUCAGGAAGGAUCUGUCGGUCAGUCAGAAGGAGUGUGAGGAGGUGAAGGUUCGCCUGAGACACAGAGAGAAACAGGCUGCAGAUGCACUGAGGGCUGACGGAGCUCCCCGUGUGGCCGGAUUGUGUCUGAAGUGUGCACAGCACGAAGCUGUGUUGGCUGGGACUCACACAAAUCUGCAUGUCCAGGCUGUUGACAGGCUCACAAAAGAGCGUGAUGAGUUACUGGUGGCCCUGCGUGCUGUGAGAACAAGUCAGCAAGAGGCUCAACAGAGGGAGUGGUCAGCCUGUCUCCAGGUCAAACAGGCUGUGGAGAUGGCAGAAGAAGCAAAUCUGCAUAAAACCAGGGUGGAAGUGCAGUGUGAGCAGUUAUCCAGGGAGCUGGCUCGGCAGAGGGAACAGCUAGACCGAGAAGCUCUCGCUAUGCACGAGAGACUAGCUGAAGCCAGAGAAGAGGGCCGGGCCGAGUCUCGGAAACAAAAGGAGGAGCUAGCACAUACAGUGUCUAGCCUCUCCCAGCAUGUAGCUGAGUUGGAAGGACAGCUGGACAGAGCUCACAGAGACAAGAUUUCACUGACCAAUCAGCUGGAAGACACUCUCCACAAACUCACCAGUCAGGAGCAAGACAAUACCCAGGUAUGUGUGGAUCUGAGAUAUCAGCUCAGCCAGGCCAAACUGAAGAAAGAGGAGGCAGAAAGAGAUCUCAGAGAGCUUAAAGCCAAGACCAGCAGACAGAUGGAAAAGGCUGCACAGGAAGUGGAAAGGCUGAGCUCAGAGCUGGUUGGCUGUCGGCAGCAUCUGGAGGCGGUCCAAAAGGAUGGGAGCCAAUGGCAGGCCGAAGCCCUGAGCCUAGCAGAACAGCUGGCAAAUGCCCAGUGCCAACUGCACCUCACCAGACAGGACAGAGAGAACACACAGCGGGCUCACGAGGAGGAAAUGGCAUCCGUGACACUUUCAGCGCGGGAAAGAGAACGAGAGCUGACUGUGACGCUGCAGCAAACUGAGGCUCGACACCAGCAGAGAGUUGGAGAGAUGGACGGUCUCCUGAGUUCCCAGAAUUCCCUGAUCAGGAAGCUGAAGGAGGAGUGCUGCAAACUCGGGUCCAAACUGGAGGAGCGGACAGAAAACAGCAGAAGUGAGCUGGAACAGCUGGUGUUGGAGAAGCACCACUUGGAGGAGACUGUGAAGAGUCUGAGAACUCGCUGCUCCAACAUGGAGGAACAGUGCAUCCAACACGGCCGCAUGCACCAACGCAUGAAGGACAGGCUGCAGCAGUUGGACCGUCACUGUCAGAGCAGCGCCCAGCAGGUGUGUGAGCUGCUGGUCAAACAGAACCAGCUGAUGCAGGAGAGAAACACACUCAGCGAGGAGAUGCAGAACCUACGCAUAGAGGUUUCCCAGAGACUAUGGGUUGAGGAGGAAUUGGAAGUUUGUCGGCUUAGACCUGGUGUCAUUCCAUCAGUGUUAAACUUCCCGGCUCAUCUUGGAAGAGUACGUGCCAGAAAGACCACGACCAAGCAGCCUUGAGAUCUUAGGCAGCGUCUCCCUGAGGUCCCUCUCUAUCUCCCCACACAUCCACCAACCACUGGAACACAUCUCCAAAGUUCUGCUGGGCCAGCUCAGCUUCCCCUCAGAAGAAGUGCUGCCACCUGCCAGAUGAAGGAGCCUUUUGAGAGGCAGCUGGCAUCGUGAUUGGACUGUACUUUGGUCUGUUCCAAUCCAGCUUCAGCUCCAGAGACGGCAGGCGGGACGAGUCAACGGAGGCCGGAUGGACGAAGGCAUGCAGCUGAGUACAAUCCAGAAAACAACAGAGGAGGAGUGCAGGGCCAGAACAACCAGAGUAGCAUGACCAAAGAACUACAGACUCUUCACAACCUGCUCAAACUCUUGGUACAGGACCUCACCACACGGGUCAAGAAGGUUUCCGUCUCAUUUCUACUCUGAAGCUCACCUUCUCCUGCUCAAACUGCUGACAAAUGUUUCUGCUGCUCUAAAGUCUGGUCUCCAGAACUUCCUAAAAACUCUCAAAGUCUCUUCUGCUGCAGGUUGCUUUGUAGAACUGUUCCAGAAAACCUCACUAAACCACAUGGAGGGGCCUCAAGAUAGUCGUCCAAAUGAAACCGAACAAAAACCAAACUAGCACAACCCAAACGCUAAAGUCUCCUGCAGCCUACCAGAGAACCUCUGAGAACAGAGAAUCAGGACAGGAACUCUUACCUUCUGGACAACCAAUGCUGGUUCUCAAGCAAGAAUACAGAAUGUGUCUGACCAAAAACCUCUAAAGACUCACUACAGCCAAGAUAAAGACACAACUCAGCUGCACCAAAUCCACUAAUCACUGCACACAUUAGCACCAUGUGCUAACUGUGGCUAAAGAACCACAUUUACCAAGACAACUAUCCAGUACAAAGCCCUAAAACACACCAAGAAACACAUUAAAGAUGAUUUUACUGCUGGAAGCUGCAAGCCAACGCCUAAACAACAAACUAAAGCAACGAAGCCAAACCCAGUUCAGUGGUGAACAGAAGCAGAGGAAAUGUUUGUCUGCAGCUAAAUAAAGCAGGAAGACACUGAGCUGCUCAGGUGUUCCUGAUAACACCAAGCUGCUCAGGUGUUCCUGAUAACACCAAGCAGCCACCUGGACAGCCAAUAGGAACACAGCUUCCUGGAAGUCCAGAGGGCUGGCUUAGUCAAGGAAAUUUAGUUUAAAGUUGAAGCAGAAAGUUAACAAAGAAAGUUGAAAACCACCUUCUGAUCCCUGAAAUCUCUGAGUUUUCACACAAAGAACACCUGAACAUGUCAAACUGGUUCCAUAGUAGAACCAUCAUUGUAAAAAACGUCAUAGUAUGGUGUGUUGCUCAAAAAACAUUAGGACCCGGCUGUCAGGGGACAAACAUGUAAGAAACAUGAGAACAGAGAGAACCCAACCAGUAGGUCACAGUUUAUCAUCAUCUAAUCAUCUCCUGAAGUCCAUAUGGUGAGAGACAUCAGUAUCUGGUUGUUCAUUUACCAGAGGAUGCUUAUAAUCAUGCUGAUGUGGUCUGUACUCUACAGUAUUUUAGUGACUCAGUAAAUGCCUAAGUUGUUGUUUU